GUAAACUUUAACAUUAUUUCUAUUUAAGUUAUAAUCUUUUUAUACAACAUUAGUGAACAUUUUACGAUGUUUCUUGUUGUAAAAAUUAAAUCAGUACAUUAUUAUCAGUUUAAUUUUGUGAGAGCAACCAAUAUGGCAGUGUAUUCGAAAACUACCUUCUGCUCCUAUGGUGGAUAAUGAUGUUGUUAUAUAUCAGGAAUAAAUAUCUUAUUAAUGAUUUAUAAAAUGGUGAUGUGCUAAUAACAAAAAUACAUUAAAUAUUAUUCAUGUAUUAACAAAUACUUGAAUGUAUAUACAACCGGAAGAGCUGUACAACGCAAUCGAUCGGCCAUCACCGACUCUCAAUUGACCAAGUUUGAAUCUUGUAACGGUCGUGCAGGUAAAUGGAUGCAGUUUACCUUUACUACACCCACUCCUAACCUUCUGUGUGUUUAUAUUUAUGAUCUCUGAUUGCAUUAAUUAAAUUGUAUCCUGUGUAUAUCCGUAACACUGAUGACACACUUAUUUAAUUGUUAUUCACAGCAUCAGUUACUAAAUAAAAACUAAUAAUGGAGGAAACAAAUGACGUAUUAGUAUGUGCAACAGAAUUCAUAAAAGAUCGGCUUUAUUUUGUGACACUGCGGACAACAAUAAAACCAAAAAGUACUCCAAACACCCAUUAUUUCAGUAUUGACGAUGAAUUAAUUUAUGAAAAUUUCUAUGAUGAUUUUGGUCCAUUAAAUUUGGCUAUGCUAUAUCAUUAUUGCCAGAAGGUUAAUAGAAAACUUAAAGCAGUAACUUUAAAAAAGAAAAAAAUUGUACAUUAUACAACAACAGACCCUGGAAAAAGAGUUAAUGCUGCUUUCCUCAUUGGAAGUUAUUCUAUAUUGUAUUGUAAACGCACAGCAGAGGAAGCAUAUAACUGUUUGACAAGUAGCCCAAAUAGUCCACCAUUUAUUAUGUUUCGGGAUGCUUCUGUUGGUACACCAUGGUAUCAAAUAUCAUUAAGCGAAUGUCUUAGCGCUAUAUAUAAAUGUCAUAGACUUGGAUUUUUCAAUUUUCAAGAUUUCUGUGUUAAAGAAUAUGAAUAUUUUGAAAGAGUAGAAAAUGGAGAUUUAAAUUGGAUUGUCCCUGGCAAAUUCAUUGCAUUUUGUGGACCAUAUGCUAAAUUUAAGAUAGAAGAUGGAUACCCUCUUCAUGCACCAGAGUCAUAUUUUACAUAUUUCCGUUAUAACAAUGUUACUACUAUUAUACGACUUAAUAAAAAAAUUUAUGAUGCUUCAAUUUUCACAGAUGCAGGAUUUGAUCAUAAAGAUCUGUUUUUUGUUGAUGGUUCAACUCCAACGGAUUCAAUUAUGCGACAGUUUCUUAAAGUAGCAGAAAAAGCAUGUGGUGCUGUUGCUGUACACUGUAAAGCAGGACUUGGUAGAACUGGUUCUUUAAUAGGCUGUUACAUUAUGAAACAUUAUCAUCUAACAGCUCAUGAAACAAUAGCAUGGAUAAGAAUAUGUCGGCCAGGUUCUGUCAUUGGGCAUCAACAGGAAUGGUUAGAAAAGAAAGAAGCAUUUCUUCAUUCUUUAUUGAAAGAACCAUUACAAUGUCAGAAUGGAAAUCCAGUGCAUAAAUAUGGAAUAUAUUCUAUAAUUGGUAGACCUAAGUCAUCAUUUUUAUCUAAUUUAAAAGAUGGUCAUGUGGUACAAGAUAAUGUUUCGGGAAAAAUGCAUCGUGUCGAUGGAAUCACAUUUCAUGACUUCAAACGUACCACGGGUGCUAGUACAACGAAGUACACAGCUUUAACAGAGGGUGAUAAAUUGAAUCAACUCAAAGCUAAAAGAAAACGUUUGUUGACAAAUCAUACUCCUAUUAAUACAAGUACUGGACCAUCAACAGUAGUACACCCUUAUUUAAAACCAUUAUUACAAACAAGAAGUCAAAAAAGUGCAAUCAAUACAAUAGUAGGAAAUAAAGAGAAGGAUCCUACAAAAAAACUUGUUCCUAGACCAACUACAACUUUUACUAAAAGUUUUUCUUUUACUAAAUAUUAUAGAAAUUGGAUGGCCCGCAGUAAUACCUGUGAUCCACCUCCACGUCGUGUUAAGUCCACCAAAUCAGCAACACUCAUCAAUAAUAUCAAUAACAGCAGCAACAGCAGCAGCAGUAAUAAUACCAUCACCACCACCAGCAUCACUACUACCACUACUACGAUCACCACCACCACUACUACUACUACAACUACCACCACUACGAACAACAGUAAUACAUCUACCAGUAUUCCCGUUAUCUCAGUAUCUAUACCGAAACCGUCGGUAACAAAGGCCAAGAUGACAAAGCCUAUAAGAACUUCAUGCAUCGCAGAAACCCGUACUACAAAUGUGUCUACAAACAGUUCGGUCACGCAACCACAACAAGGCACAAAUAUGAUCCUCAGGUCUGCAGAUCGAGUAAAUCGCUAUCAUUCUUUAAGACAUGCACGCACGAGCAAAACUUAUAAAACUGCAUUUAUCAGAUGACUAACCGAUGUUCUAAGUGGCAUUGAAAAGGACAAUCCAGUAACUCAAGUCUCUCCACAGCGCAGAAGAUCUCAUCGUUUAAAUCCGACCAUUCAGUAAAAACAUUUUUUUGAUCUUCAAUCCACAAUUCAAACAGCUAUUGCUUUUAUCACGAUUAAUGAAGAAUAGUUAGAUCACUAAUCAUCAUCAACUUUUUCAAAGUAGUUAUUUUGUGCUUAUAGUUUGGAUUAUAAGUUUCUCAUGCGUAAAAAAUUGAUGGCCUACAAUGGUUUUUAAAGUUUUUUUUACAUUUUGCGAUGCGUUGAACGAUCGCGGAAAAAAUUAAUAUGCCUUUUUAUUAAUCGUACUUUUGCUACAUUAAAUUUCUGCUGGUCAGAAUAAAAAUGCUAUACAAAUAAUAAUUGAUCGUACAGCGUAUCGCUGUCCAGCAACAACCUUUAGUAUGCAGUAAAAAAUAGGUUAAAAUUCAGUUAAAUUGAAAAAUUGAACAUACUUGUUAUAAACAAAAAAUUAAAGUAUGCUGAAACUUAUAAUCCUAAUGUACAUGUAUUACUUAUAGUAUGUAAUUAAUAUGGUUCAUUUAUCUUUACACACGCAAGGUAAUAUUUGUAGAUAAACAUAAUACCUGCUCAUAUAACUAUUGAAUUAUAGAGGAAUGUUAUGUAUUAUACAGAUUUUUAAAUUUUGAGUUGACAAAAUAGUUUAUAAAAAAUCAUGUGACGCGUAUAAUAUACUUUACUAAGAAAUUGCAAUCAUAGUAUGAUGAAAGUAAAUUUAAUGUAUUAAAAAUGCUUGCAUAAUUAUUAUUAUGCAUAAUAAUUUUAACUGUGUCUUCAGAUUUCUUUUAUUUGAAAUGCAAAUUUUUAAAAAUAUUAUACUCUUUUACUUAAAGUUCUUCAUUGUUUUACAAUGAUUUUAAGACAAAACAUAUCAAGAAAUGUGAUUAAAAAUAACAUUAGAAUGUACAAAUAUUUU